AUGACAACCAGUGGGCACAUGCAACAAGUUCUGGAGGACCCUUCAUCAAGCCUGUCACUAGGACCUGUAUCCGAAGACCCAAACGAGUCCCCCAUUUAUAUUGAACCUACGCACAAUGAAACUGCCCCUUUCCAAGGAUUCCCUUAUUACCCUGAACCUAGCCUGGCCGGUCUGGUUCAGGGUGAUCCCUUGCAAAUGUAUGGAGCGUCCGAACCGCAACAAGGCACUAUCUCUCGUGAUAGCCAGACUUCACCAAGUCUAGCAAGCCUGGAUGCACCGACAAUUCAAGGCAUGGCGGCCUCUCUGAUGACGCUAUGUUCGCCCAGACUAGCAGUAUCUAUGCCCGAUCCCAUACACCGACCGUAUACGUGGCCCAUGAGCUCCCAAGAUUCUUGGAACUGCACCGUCGCCGAUUACGACUAUGCCCAACAUGCGUUCAGGAGUAGUACAGGAGGAGUGCAGGAGCCCCUCCCUCCCGCCGGUUCUAGUUUGCAUAUCAUCAUCGAGGACCCGCGAGAGAACCCGCGCGGCUAUCGUGAAAGGCGGAUCCGAUCCAAGGUUGAUGUAGAGAAGCAGAAAGAGAACACUCGUUUGCUCAAAAUGUUUGGUGGUGCCUGUCUUUGGUGUUACCGGAGUAAGAAGAGAUGCGAGCCUGCCAAUACCUGUCGCUCGUGCGCGUCGAACCGGCGGAAGUGUAUCCGGGAGUCUUCGCAGCUGUCCCUGUUUGGUCCUACCGUGGAGCUUUCUGCGAACGAUGGUCUCGCCGCUUUCUUGUUAAGCCCGCCUUCCCGUGAAGCGCUCACCACGCUGCGGGUGCUGAGCAACAAAAUCCUCAAGCGAGAGCCAGGACUGCGGGUGGUGAUGAACCUCCGCCAAACCGGUGAUGGGCAUAUUCAAACGUGGGCGAUCGACCUGCGCGACGCCCAGACAGCUGUCUCCAGUGUGUGGGGGCACCCCGUUGCUGCAUUUAUUGCUGAAGCAAACAAGUAUGUUUGGUGCACUGAGCUGGUCAAGUUCGAAAAAGCCUACCAUUUGCACCCGCUCGUGCAAUCCGCCAUCGCCAUGGCGAGGAUGUUCAUGACCCUUCGCUGUCUGGGGCAAACCAAUAUCCAUGUCAGCCGGUUUGAUGUUGACAUUGCACGACUGACUCUGUUUUAUGUACUGGUUGUCUGUUCUCGGGACCUAGCAGAGAAGUCCGAGCGCUUCGCCGGGAUUCUCUGCGAGGCAUUGCGUCGAAAGGACCUGCAUUAUGGCUUUAACAAUGGAAACCAUGAAGAGGUAAACCCCGUGAGCCCGAUCUGGGCCGCCACCGCGCUCUACUAUCGGGUUGUCACUGGGCUGCUGGACCUUCACACCUGCCUCUCUAUCGCACCGAUCUUCAAUUCCUUCUCCUCGCACCUAGAGGGUGUUCACAGUAGCCUGUGGAGCAUUCUGAAAUGGGUUUCGCCCUCCCAAGAACCCUGCGGCAAGGGCUUUUUGACUGCUGCGCUCAACAAUGAGAUUCCCGUCCUCCCGUCUCGCGAAUACUUCGACCUCGCUCUCUGGCUGGGACCUUCCAGCCUCGAGCCGUUCGAGCCCGUGGUGUUCAGACGAUAUGCAGAUCCUUUCUCGGAGACAUCCCAUGCCAUGGAAUCCUUCCUGGAAGCAGCGUUCACCUGUCCCCCAGUUCACCCCCAGCCCAGUCCCGAUAACAGGGCAUCUCCACGUGCAGCAAAGCCCACGGAGACAAACAUGCCCGACGAUGCUUCGACGAACAAACGCCUGAGGAUGAUCUCGCCGGUGCGAAGCGAAGAUUUCGAUCCGAUGAACCCAGACUCUUGGCCUAGCCAUGACGAGUCGAUGGCCCUGAUUGACGAGUUCUUCGGUGCCAUCACCCCGAAGCCGGGAACGAGCAGCGCGGACGAUUCCAACGAAAACGGUGUUUAG